AUGAAAUCAUCAAGUAAUUCAUCACCACCAUUAAGAAAUUCAGUGAAUUCAGAGUUAAUAAUAGAUGAUUUUGAUACUGGUACAUUUGAUUGUACUAGUUGGAUUAAAUUAAAAACACUUCAAUUCUUUUCAGUAAUAGAUUCAUUUAAAAUUUCAACAUCAACAAAUGAUCAUACAGUUUUAGUAAUAGAUAAACAGCUAAGUGGUCCAUUCAGCUUAUUGUUUUCACUUGGCCAAUUAAAUGAAAAAGGAGUUCACAAAGUUAUUUACUUUGAUGAUUUACUUGUAUCACAACAUCCACAACAACCACAACAAAUUAAUCCAUCUCUAUCACCAGCAACAUCACUAAUAUUCUUUUGCAAAACAAGAUUAGAGAUUGUACAGAAAAUGGCACAAUUUAUUAAACAAAGACAAAAGUUACCACAGCAACAACAAUCACAAAAAUAUUUUUUAGUUUCAGUCCCAAAUUUAGAUGCCUCAUCAAAUUAUUUAUUAGAAUCUGAAGGUUUAUUAGAUUUUUUAAAAAUUGAAUCAUAUGAUUUAGGUUUUAUACCAUAUGAAAAUGACUUUUUUUCAUUGGAAAUGACAGAUUUUUAUUCAAAAUGUUUUGUAGAGAAUGAUAAUUAUCAGUUAAUGAAUAUUUCAAAGAGUUUAAUAAAGUUUCAGCAAUUAUAUGGACCAUUUAGGACUAUAGUUGGUAAAGGAAAUAAAUCCAAGCAACUAUUUGAAAAUUUAUCAAACUAUCAAUCAUUAAUACCACUACCACCAACUGGUGAAAUAUCAAAAUUAAAGACAUUGAUCAUUCUUGAUAGAACCAUCGAUUUAGUUCCAUUGCUAUGUACCCAACAAACCUAUCAAGGUAUUAUAGACGAAGUUUUAACUAUAUCAAAUAGCCUUAAUGUACAAUAUGAUAAAGAAGAGGAAGUCGAAGAAAUCGUUAUAAAUGAACAGACUAGACAACAAGAGAGAAGAAUCACAACCAAAAAGACAAAAGUUAAAUUUAAUUUACAAAAUGAUCCAUUCUUUCAACAGAUUAAAGAUAUAUCAUUCGCCUCCAUACCUACCUUAUUACAUAGCAGCUCUUUAAACUUUUCAAAAGAUUACCAAGAUUUAAAAAAAGAAAACUCUGCAACAGCAUCCUUACCAGAUAUCAAAAGACUUUUGUCGAGAAUCCCUGAUCUUUCAAAAAGACAACGAUCAUUAGAGACACAUACAAAUAUAACCGAAGAAUUAAUGAGACUGGUAAAUAGCGAUGACUUUUCAAAUAAAAUCGAUAUUGAAUCUCAAAUAUUGCAAUACACUCUCCUAGGCUUCAACUCCCAACAACAACAACAAGUUUUAGAUACUAUAGAAAAUUUAAUCAUUAGAAAGAAACCAAUGUUGCAAAUAUUACGUCUGUUAUCAAUCUAUUGUUUAACAAUGGGUAUCAAUCAAAAGACCUAUGCCAAUUUAAUCAAAGAUAUCAUUCAUGUAUAUGGUAUAGAAUCAACCACAACAAUUAUGCGUAUGGAAAAAGCAGGAUUAAUAGGUAUUAAAGAUAAUUUAAAAUUAAAACUUUCAAAUCAAAUUUUAAAAAAUUUUAAAUUAUUAAAAGACGAUGGCACCAGCAACAACAGCAACAACAGUGAUGAAUAUGAUAUUUAUUCAGGUUAUAUACCAUUAAUCACCAAAGUAGUCGAAGAAAUUCAAAAAAAUUUAAAUACCACCAACAGCAAAAACAAUUUAAAUUUCUCACAAUUAGAAUCAAAACUGCAAUCGAUCAACCAACCAUUUUUUGUUAAAGAAUUUAACAACGAUAACCUAUCAUCCUCAAACUCUUCCACCAGCUCCUCUUCCAACUACAAUCACAAUAGCUUUACAAUGAUUUUAUUUUUAGGUGGGGUAUCAUAUGCCGAAAUCAGUUCCCUUAGAACCUUAAAGAAAAAAUAUGGAAGAGGAAAUUUCGAUUUUAUUUUUUCAACAACAAAUAUUGUAAAUGGAAAUAAUUUUUUAAAUAAUUUAUAA